AUUUAAUUCUCUCUCCUCUCUCUUUCUCUCUCUAAAAUACAACUGAGUGGUCUUUCUAAGUUACUAUUAUGGCCAUGAUCAGGUCAAGUGUUGUGGCUUGUGUUUUCUUUUGUGUUGUUGCUUACAAUUCUCUCUUGGUCUUGGGACGGCCGGCAACUUUUCUUGAGGACUUCAGAAUCACAUGGUCCGAUUCCCAUAUCAGGCAAAUCGAAGGUGGGAGGGCCAUUCAACUAGUGCUUGACCAAAAUUCAGGAUGUGGGUUUGCCUCCAAAAGGCAGUACUUGUUUGGCCGUGUGAGCAUGAAGAUCAAGCUCGUACCCGGAGAUUCAGCCGGAACAGUCACUGCUUUCUAUAUGAACUCCGACACCAACGCGGUGCGUGACGAGCUCGAUUUCGAGUUCUUGGGCAACCGCUCCGGCCAGCCGUACACCGUCCAGACCAACAUCUAUGCUCAUGGGAAGGGUGACAGGGAACAAAGGAUUAAUCUCUGGUUUGAUCCUGCUCUGGAGUUCCACACGUACACAAUAAUGUGGAACCAUCACCAUAUCGUCUUCUAUGUGGACGAGGUGCCAAUAAGGGUGUACAAAAACAACGAGGUAAAGGGAAUCCCAUACCCUCUCCACCAGCCCAUGGGGGUCUACUCCACAUUGUGGGAAGCCGAUGACUGGGCGACCCGAGGCGGAUUGGAGAAGAUCGACUGGAGCAAAGCCCCCUUUCUAGCCUACUACAAGGAUUUCGAUCUCGAGGGCUGCGCGGUCCCCGGUCCUGCUAACUGCGCAGCCAACACUGCCAACUGGUGGGAAGGCUCCGCCUACCAAUCCCUCACCGCAAUCGAGUACCGGAGGUACAAGUGGGUCCGGGUCAACCACAUGAUCUAUGACUACUGCACCGAUAGGUCGCGUUACCCCGUCCCACCGCCGGAGUGCCUAGCAGGCUACUAGACAAAAUUCAAGCCACUUUAUAAACCUACCAACAAGUUAAAUUACUUACCAAACAAAGUGGUAUACGUACAAUUCAUGUCAUAUACUCUUUUUGUUUUUUGUUUUUGUCUUGUACAAUAUGGCUCAUUAUUUUGUAUACUGUGUGAGUAUACCAUGCAUGUCGUUUGUUAAGGGUGAUGAAGCAAUGCUAGGUUUGAAUUCUUAUAAGGGAGAGGGGUAUGGCCGGAAAAGUAAAUCAUGUCAAUUAUUUUCUUUGAUCACGUGGCUCUGUAUGUUCCCUUGUCUGUAUCCAUGCGAUCCAAUAUCGCAUUAUUUGUGCCAAUAAAUGAAAAUUUUCUGUUGUGAAUGUGAAA